GUUGUCCGCAUUUCCAUGACAGGCUUAGCAAGCAACAACGUCGAUCUAUUAUAAACAGUGUUAACUAUUUCACAACCGGCUUGUAACUAUCACAUGUAUGAAGGAAUUAACGUUUACACAUCAAAAACACGUAAUCUUCUGCACAGCAUUUUGAGAGUCGGAAAUGGUCAAGCAAACACAGAACGAUAUAUUGGAUAUGUUGAUUGGAUCCGGCUCCGAUUUGAGUGAAUUUCUUACCCCCGAAGGUGACGUCAUUGGAUUUUCUGCUUAUAGACCAAUGGACCCUACCAUGGAUUUCCUUGACGACAAUAUCGUAGACCCGCUGAAUGUCGCUCUCUGCCAAGAUAUCCAGGAAAUACCGGAACCUUCCGCCGAAAUAGAGGUCGAACAGCUCCAAUUUACAUUUGACCCUUCAGAAACCUCGAUCGAACUCCUGAAACUGAUAGCAAGUACCUCUGGUACCGAAGACAAUAUGUCCCCGCUAGAUCAAAUAUCGGAGUUAAAUGAAUAUGAAGAGGAAACGGAAGGGGAUGAAGUGGUGUCUCCACUUGUGAAGGCUGAGAUAAAGAACCGGAUCCGGAAACGCAGACAGGUAGAGGGGAAGGAAGAACUUACAGAACUGUUUGUUGAACCGGAACCAGAACAGUUAACUGAGGAGGAAGAGAAAAAGAGGAUAGAGCGACGAGAGAAAAACAAGUUGGCUGCACAGAAAUGCAGAAGCAAGAAGAGGAAGGUUGCGGAUUGCCUUGAAGAGGAAACCGAGAAGUUGGAGGAAAAGCAAGAAAGGCUUAAAGAUGAAGUACGACGCCUGCGCGAUGAACGAGACCACCUGAUGGAGUUAGUCAAGGUCCAUUCUUCAGUUUGUCCAAAAAUGAAAUGCUCGAAGUGAACAUGAUCAGUUGACAAUUGAAUCCCACCAAACAUUGAGGCAAUCUCAUGCUUCAGAAUCGGAGACAUGUUGUAGCUUUCCAGAACUGACAGUAAUUUGCCGCAUGUCGUUCUUGCGAGAGUUAUACUUUGUUUCCUGAAAUGGUGCUCCAGUCCGACGAGGUGACGUCAUCAUGGCGCAUGAGCAAAAAAUGCUACCAUUUACUGUUCCCUCGUUCUGGAUAGAUCUGUUUACUGGAAGUCGAGAUCUGCACAGACUGAUUCAGUCUGUUUUUGAUCACACACGUUUGUACUAACAAUGGCAUCUGUUGACCUGAGGCACUAGCUUCUUUUACAAAGUUUUUGUUUUGAAAUCAGGAUUUGUCACUGACACAAAAAUGGCAGCUCCACGUGUGUGAUUUUAUAUGGUAGUUACCAAAGGCUGGUCACCCUUGGUAGACGUCGGAACAACACAACAAACAUUCAGACCUGUUUAGAAGGUAUUUUAGAAUGUUAAUGGCGUAUGGUUUAUUAUCUUCAUGACAAAGCUCAUCACAACUUGAUCACCUUGCUAAAGAUUAUUUUCAUGUCAUACUCAACAGAGAACAAAAAUGUUCUGACCAUUGAACUAUAAGAUAUAUAUGAUUAUCUAUGUAUAUUUCCGUAUGAUAUUUCUAAUUAUGCCAGUUUGAUUCAAGGGUAUUCUUAAGAUACUCCGAAAAAGAAUAGAAACUGAUUAACUAUUUUGUCGGCCACUGAAAUAAUCAUGAGCAUGGUGUUGUCAUAGUUAUAAGUUACCAUAGUGAUGUCAGACGCGUGUUCUCACUGUAACUGGUACUGUGUGUUGUCGGAUGAUUCUAUAAGAUAUUGUGUUGGAUGUCAUCAUAUCGGUGGACUCGUAAAGAGUUACACGUAAAUCACGGAUACAUGACGUAUGUGUGUAUAGUCAAUUAACAGUGUCCAAUGUCCUCAAGUGUGUGUGAUGUGAACAUGUGUGCCAACUCAUUUGUUGUCUGUUGUUUAGUUGGUAUCAAGUAUUAGAACUCAUUAAUAUUUAUAAAAUAGUCAUGUUAUCAAUAUUUUUCAUAUUAAAAUGUAAAAU